GGAGCGUCCUGAGGCUCCCGAGGCUCCCGCCGCCCCCGCACCAGGUCCCGCCGCCCGCAGACCGGGCCCCCGCCGCCACCGGGCCAGGCACCGGCACCGGCACCAUGUCGGUGGCGGGGUUGAAGAAGCAGUUCUACAAAGCGACCCAGCUGGUCAGCGAGAAGGUCGGAGGGGCCGAAGGGACCAAGUUAGACGAUGACUUCAAGGAGAUGGAAAAGAAAGUGGACCUGACCAGCAAGGCCAUCACAGAAGUACUGACCAGAACCAUCGAGUACCUCCAGCCCAACCCAGCUUCCAGAGCCAAGCUGACCAUGCUCAACACCAUGUCCAAGAUCCGCGGGCAGGUGAAGAACCCCGGCUACCCCCAGUCCGAGGGGCUGCUGGGGGAGUGCAUGAUCCGCUACGGGAAGGAGCUGGGAGAGGAUUCCAACUUCGGGGACGCGCUCCUCGACGCCGGCGAAUCCAUGAAACGCCUGGCGGAGGUGAAGGACUCGCUGGACAUCGAGGUCAAACAAAACUUCAUCGAUCCCCUGCAGAACCUGUGUGACAAAGACCUGAAAGAGAUCCAGCACCACCUCAAGAAGCUGGAAGGGAGGCGCCUGGACUUCGACUACAAGAAGAAGCGACAGGGCAAGAUCCCGGACGAGGAGCUCCGGCAGGCCAUGGAGAAGUUUGAGGAAUCCAAGGAAGUGGCAGAGACCAGCAUGCACAACCUGCUGGAGACGGAUAUCGAGCAGGUGAGCCAGCUGUCAGCCCUGGUGGACGCCCAGCUGGAUUACCACAGGCAGGCCGUGCAGAUCCUGGACGAGCUCACCGAGAAGCUCAAGCGCAGGAUGAGGGAGGCCUCCUCGCGUCCCAAGCGGGAAUACAAACCCAAGCCCAGGGAGACCUACGACUUCAGGGAAAGCGACCAGUCCAACGGGGGCUUCUCCUGCAACCCCACGCCCAAAGUCUCAGCUUCCACCUCUUUCCGGUCGGACAAGCCGUCCCGGGCCUCCGUCAGGAGUAUCCCGCCCCUGGACCAGCCCUGCUGCAAAGCCCUCUACGACUUCGAGCCCGAGAACGACGGCGAGCUGGGCUUCAAGGAGGGCGACAUCAUCACCCUGACGAACCAGAUCGACGAGAACUGGUACGAGGGGAUGAUCCACGGCCAGUCCGGCUUCUUCCCGCUCAACUACGUGGAAGUGCUGGUCCCGCUACCUCAGUGAAACGGCGCUGCCCCCGCCCCGAGCGUCCCCGGCUCCAUUCCGGCUCCAGCCCGCCCUCCCUGCCUCACCUCGGGCCCGGGCGCCACCAGGGAACAAACCAGAAGGGUCCCACGGCCCCUUCCCCCCGUGAAUUCGGUUCUUUGCUUUUUUUCUUUUUUUCUUUGUUUUUUUUUUUUUUUGUUCGUUUUUGUUUUGGUUUGGUUUUUUUGUCCUUCUGGUGCUUGAACUUCGGUACUUCGUGCGCCCCCCGCCCAGCCCUGGCCGUGCCGCCAGCACUGCCCUGUCCCUGUCCCUGUCCCUGUCCUUGUUCCUGUCCCUCCCCAAUUCCCGGCUUUCCUUUGGGUCCAGCACCUGGAUGAGGCACUGGGACAGUCAGGAUGUGUCCUGGACACAGGGAUGAGGCAGGGGGACACACGGGAUGUGUCCUGGACACAGGGAUGAGGAAGGAGGACACACAGAUAAGGCACUGGGACAGCCAGGAUGUGUCCUGGACACAGGGAUGAGGCAGGGGGACACACGGAUGAGGAAGGAGGACACACAGAUAAGGCACUGGGACAGCCAGGAUGUGUCCUGGACACAGGGAUGAGGCAGGGGGACACAUCCCAGGAUGGUGCAGGGGGACACACGGGAUGUGUCCCGGGCACACGGCCCCAGGGCAGGGCAGCCCCAGCCCCAGCGAUCGCUGCUCCUGUCCCCGCGGAUCCGCGGGAUCCCGCAGGGAUCAGGGCAGGGGAGCUGGGGCACAGCAACACUAAAACAGCCGGCGAACACUAAGGCGGCCCUGCUCGGGGCUCGGAGCCGCCCCUGCCCGCGCUGCAGGGACAGCAGGGAUGUCCCCUGCCCGCCUGGCCCCGUCCCCGCACAGCUCAGCCCCGCAGGGGGGGAUGCUCCUUCUGCCCACGGGGUUUUUUCCUGGACCUCCUCCGGCUUUUCCUGCUGCAGACUCUCCCGAGCCGGUCACACCCGGGGGAUCUUCUGCAGGGGAAGGAGCUGGGCCACAGCCCGGGGUGUCUGUGCUGGGGCAGAGGCUGUGGCCCGUUCCCCCUUUUCCCGGGGAUCCCUCCUGUGCCUGGAGCUGCCUUCCCUGGGCGCAGCAGCGGCUCAUCUCGGUGUCACUUCUGCCACCCCUUGUCCCUCCGCUGUCCUUUUCCUGGUGGGAUGGGGCAGAGGCAGAGCUCUCCGGCUACAGGAGAGGGUUCUGCCCCUCCCGGGGCUGGGCACCCCCGGCCCCGCCGCUCCCGGCUCCCGCUCCCGUUCCUCUGCAAGGAUUUGCUCCGUCCCCGUGUGUCUGACCCCGGUCCCGGCCCGGGGGGGCUCAGGGCAGCCCCUCCCCAGCUCCCAGCAGGGCAGGGAGCCCCAGGGACCCGCUGUCCCCUCCCCGGUGGGACCAGGGUGACAUCCCGGGGACACCGGCUCCCGCUCAGGUGGAUUGAAACGCGUUCUGUCAGCUGGGACAACUCGCUAGGUCUCUCUUCGUUUUGUUUUCGUUUUUUUGGUUUGUUGUUUUUUUUGGGUUUGGUUUUUUUUUUUUUUUUUGUAAUGGUUUCUCCUGGUUUUUAGGGGGAAAAAAAAACCCCGACCCACAAUUCUUGACUUGUAUCUCU